AUGCAACAACCAAGAUUCACAUUCCCACAACAUAAGCCAACUUUCCAAGCAACACAGCAGCCGAAAUUUGGGUACCAACCACCAAGGUUUCCAUCUCAACAACCAACCUUCACACCACCCACACAAGGCUAUCGUUUCGGAAUUCAACCGCAGCGCCCAUCUCAAGCCCCUAACCAACGACCACCAUUCCAAUACGGUGGAUUUAAAUUCGGGAUACCCCACCAACAAAUACAGCCUCCAAAAUAUGAUGAUGACGUCACGAUGCGUACCGCCCCUGUUAGGCAGAACCUUCUUGUGAAUGAGCUUUACUACGACGAGCCUAUGUAUAAUUAUGACUAUAACUAUGACUCAUAUGGAAACGGUGCACCGUACUCCGUCAACGAAUGCAAUUAUAUCCAAAAUACCGACGAACCAUGCAGCGAGAUCGACGAAGCCCGCUUCCUAUGCUUCGAAAAUAAUAUACCACCGAUGGAAGAUGACUGCAUCACUGAUCUCAUGAAGUUUUCCACAAACAUUACUUCCUGUCAGCCAGUAUCCGUGACCAUAAAUAACGAAAAACUCGGGAUCAUCCCCACCCUGCGGAUAAUCCCGAUCUUGCGGAGGGAGGAGUUACACGAUCUACUCCCGUUCCUGGCCCUUUGUUCCUCAAUAACGCUUAGU